GUCCCUUUAAAUCCGCCGAGCGGGUCCUUUUUUGGCAGGAAGUUAGCUUUGGCUAGCAUAAAACCAAUAAUGAGGACCCUCUGAGGACAAGUUAGCUGCUUUUGGCACAAGAACACCAUUUUUCACCUGUAUUUGAAGACAAGUCCACGUCAGCCAUGUCUUUAGUGGUGGACCUUAAGUCCAAGGAGGAGAAGGAUGCAGAGCUGGACAAACGAAUUGAAGCUCUGAGGAAGAAGAACGAAGCUCUGGUUAAGAGGUACCAGGAAAUCGAGGAAGACAAGAAGAAGGCAGAGCAGGAAGGUAUCGCCGUGACGACGCCUCGGAAACCCCGCACGCCGGAGGCGGAGACCGACCGGCGGGAGGCGGACCGGCGAAAGACGGAGAAGGAGAACUUCACAGUCACGGUGGAUCUUUCCAAGCCGGCAGGGCAGGACAAGAGAGUGGUGAACGACUGGAAGCCCAGCACGCCUCGCGGCCGCAAGAAGUCUGAGGAGGACGAUGGUCCAAAAGGGCCGAGCGACGGGCGAAGCCCCCCGAGGAGGUCGGGGUCCGGAAGAGUUGGUCGAGGCGGUCAGAGAGGAGGAGGAGGAGGAGGAGGAGGAGGAGGAGGUCGCCAAGAGAGGAGAGACCGUGAGCCCAGACCUCCCAGAGAGGGAGAGCCUGGUGAGCCAGGAGGCCAGGGACGCAGAGGAGGAAGAAGAGGAGGAAGAGGAGGAGGUGGUGGUGGAGGAGGAGGAGGAGGAGGAGGAGGCGGAGGAGGAGGAGGAGGCGGAGAGGGUACACCAGGUGCAAUGGACAGAAAAUCCAAGGAAUGGGAGGAGAAGAGGCGACAGAACAUUGAGAAGAUGAACGAGGAAAUGGAGAGGAUAGCGGAGUAUGAAAGAGGACAGAGGCCGGAUGGAGACAAGCCGCUCCGCAACUUCUUGGACGACCCAAGGCGCUCGGGUCCGUCGGCGGACAUAGACCGGAAAGAAGGCAGCCGGAGACACGUGCGGAACUGGGGGGGGCUGGACUUUGAAAACGUCAAAACGGGACCCGAGCUAGAAAGAGAGUGGACCAGUCGCCGGCCGGGUCCCAAAGGCGGCUCUAUGGACAUGACGAUGUCGAUGACCGGCCGCGAGAGAGCCGAGUACCUCCGCUGGAAGAAGGAGCGCGAGCAGAUCGACGAGGAGCGAUUAGCGCGCCACCGUAACGCCACGGGCCAGUGGAGGCGGGAGUGGGACGCUCAGAAGACCGAUACCAUGUUCAAGGAGGACCCAUAUGUGGCUGCAGAGGGCAUAACGACUGAGGAGGGUGGCAGGAGAGACGACAGCAAGCGGCCUCCUAGAGGACCAACGUUUGCCGACUUCCUGUCCCAGGGCAGGAACCAGGGGCCCCGUGGGGACCGAAACAGAGGGAGGGGCCGAGGACAGAGACAGAGCUACAGCAUGCACGACAACCGCUGGGAAGGAGAGAGGGAAGAAGAGGAGGAGGGGAAAGAAAAGGAGGACAAGACGAAGAGAGAGGUGAAACCUACAAAAAAGAAAACUAAGAAAGAGGAAGAAGAAGAAAAACCCAAACCUGAAGCAAAAGAACAGAAGGUGGAAGAGAAAAAUAAAGACGAGGCGGGAGACGAUGACGACGAAUGGGAGGACGCCAGCGAUGAAGAGGAAGCCGGAGAAAGAGGCGACUCAGAACCGGAGCCCCGAGGCGGCGAGAGGAAAGGCAAAGACAAAAACGUCCCGUCCAUGUCUGCCAAGCAAUCUCUGCAGACGAAGUCAGCGGGAAGCCCCAAGGAGCAGCGCACGCCGAGGCCGAAGAUCCGCAUCCCGCCCCCAGCGGCCGUUCAGGAGUCGUCAGAUUCUGGGAAGCCCCCCAGCCCCUACUACCCGCUGGAGGGCCACCGGCCCGUGUCGGACUGGGGCGAGGAGAUGGAGAUGCAGUCGCCCAGGAGCAGCUUGGGAGGGGAGAGCCCGCUGAAGCCCUCCAGCACCGAGUCCAGUCCUCCUCAGAAGAAGGACCAGGAGGAGAAGGACCAGGAGGAGAAGGACGAGGAGGAGAAGGACGAGGAGGAGAAGGACGAGGAGGUGAAGGACCAGGAGGUGAAGGACCAGAAGGAGAAGGGCGAGAGCCAAGCUGGGGCCCCCAGUGAGCCACAGCAGGAGGAGCAGACGGAAGCGACAGCCGUGGAUAAAUCUCCUCCUCCUCCUCCAGCAACCCCUGAGCAGACCGUUACCGUAUCUGAGCCAGAGCAGAUCAUCUCAGAACCCCCCGCUGCUCCGCCCUCUGAUCCCGCCCCGCCUGAAGACCCUGACCCCGCGCCGUCCUCCCUUCCUGACGCGUCGCGCUCUGACGUCGACGAGGAAGCAGGGACGGCUGACCAGGAUCCACCUGUGGCUCCAUCAGAAGAGGACAAGUCGGACCCUCCUCAGGCCGCUGCAUCCGUUGAGGCCGAGCUGAUUUCCCCCAAAGAAGCGGCGUCCGGGAAAGAAGACGAGGCGACGCCGGCCGGGGACGCCAACGCUCCGGCCGGCGAAGCAGAGCUGCCGUCAGAGCAGACGUCAUCAGGUUGACACUGACAGGAGCAGAGAAGGAGCCGAGGAUCACGGCACAGAAGGCGCCGAUGUCUCCAUCAAUGAAUGACCUAAAUCAUCAUCAUGAGGAAGAGGAGGAUGGGUCAGGGAGCUUUACAUCCAUGGACCCACCGGUCGCUCCAAGCUGGUUUCAAGACUUUGGAUCAUUGGUUGUGAUCCACAUCAGUUCUGUUCUUCUCUGAGGCAUCAUUGGUAACAUCUCCAUCGACUUCUUCAGUCCUCUAUAUUUUUUUAAUCUUACAAAAUCAAGGGAUUUCUAACUCCAUUGAGAACUAAACCCGAUGUUGUGCUGAAGUCAAGGGGGAGUGAGUUGUUCCUACGGGUCAGGCAGUAAUUGGACCCGUCUUUGGCUCAUUAAAUCGACCUCAGAUCCCCAAAGAAUAGGGCUAAUCACACUUGGUUCAGGGUUUUAGUGAGUGGGGGAAUUAUUUUUUCACAUAAGUUCAGGUUUAUCUUUUUUUAUGUAUAAAUCAUGAUUUGGAAAAAGCGGUUUGUAUUUACCCAGGGUAUCUUUAUCUCAUUUUAAAUGUGUUUGAUUUGAAGCGUUCACAUGCGAUUAAAAGAGAAAAAUAAAUCUGUGAGCAAAGAAAAUGCGUGUAAAACGGGGAAUCUUUUAACCCCUUUUCUGUUAACUGAUUUUGUAGGUUUUAAAGCCUCCUUAUGUUAACGAAAACUUGAGCAAAGUGAGUUAAAGCUAUAGUCGGGAAUCUCGUUCAGAAACACUUUUUGUUAUACUGGGUAAAAUCGUCCUUCCAUCCUGAAAGUAGAAAAUACAUUAUGUAUUCACAAAAUAAGGAGGUUAAAAAAAUCGUAAACCAUAACCAGUUUCUGCCGUUUGGUCCGAAUGGCAUGGAUUUGUCAUAAUUUUGUUUCUGCUCUCACCCAUAGAAGUUAUAUACUGACCCCCCUCUGUCCCUCAGAUUCCCAGGGAAUAAACUUAUCUAUCGGUUCUCCCACAUGCCAGUUAUUCUGACGCGCUCACGUAGCGCCAGUGUCUGUGCUCUUUCCUUCCGAGUUUCCGCUUGCUGGCUGCGCAUGCGCACUUAUCUGGUUAGCUUAGCGGCUAGGUUAGCGGUUAGCUUAGCGGCUA